CAGCAUCCCUGUCGUCAGUUGCGAGUCGGAAAUUGUCGUGCGCGCUCUCCCACGUACCGUCGUUGCUCCCUGUGUGAACGAACCUUUAUCAAACUCGUGGGUUACCUCUACACAUACAUAUAUAGAUAGCAGGAAGCGAUAAGAGUGCAGCGACGAAUUACAAUGCCGGUCGAUCGUCAGUGAAGAGUGAAAAAUUUGUUGGUUCAUCCUCGUCAUUUUUGUUUGAUUUUAUUUUUUUUUUUACAAUGACAAAGCAACGUUGACACAUGCGUGCGGCAAGUAUGAGGUUCGAAGCCUCCGAAUCAAGCGGUACAGAAUCACUGGUGCGUGUGGAGCGUCAACGAUGAUCGAGUGCGGCAAAGAAGUUGGAAGAAACUAGCCGUCACAACUGCAGCGAUAUCAGACGCGAAGAAGAAAGAGAGAUGGAUAAGGCGCGCGGUAAAAUUUGCCCCGUCCUGGCCCUGCUACUACUCGUUUUCGGAGGUGCCACGGGUUUGAAAAGUUUGAAGAUAACCGUACCCGAGAGGGUAAGGGUCGGAGACUCGGCUCUACUUACGUGUAGCUACGACCUGGAAAACGUCCAACUUUACGUCAUAAAGUGGUACUUGGACGAGGCUGAAUUCUAUCGAUAUGUACCCAAGAAGGAUCCACCUCACGCCAUCUUCCCUGUGCGAGGCAUCCGGGUUAACGUCUCGAGCUCGAACACGCAGGAUGUAACGCUAGUCGGUGUUACGAGGAACCACACUGGACGAUACAGCUGCGAGGUAACCGAAGACGGCCCGACUUACGACACCAAAGUCCAGGAAGCUUACGUCCUUGUUGUUGAUGUUCCAGAAACUGAGCCGAGAAUCGUAGUCGACAGGGAGCACUUACCAGCUGGCGAAACACUUCGAGCGAAUUGUACGUCGGGUGCCUCUCAUCCCGCCCCCAACAUUACGUGGACACUCAACGGAGCGCCCCUGAACAACAUGACGAUGAGAUUCAAAGUACGCACGAAGACGUUGCCGAAGGCCUUCGACGACAGAAAGUCGACCUUUUCUACCCUUAACCUCGAGACGGCCGGUAUGUUUCAAGACGGCCGUAUACGCCUUCGAUGCUUCGCCGAAAUAACGCCGGUCUACAAAGCGUCAGCCUCGAAGGAGAUCACGGAGGAAGGACCCUAUCUCGCAUCGAUCACCGGUGAUGCAUCGCCACACAGCCGUCCGGUUUUUUAUUUUUCAGAUACCAGCGGGAGUGGCAGGGCCGAAUCGAUGUCCCUCUGGCCUUGCGGACUGGCGUUGAAUGUUGUUCUAGGACUACUAGUUGGAGCUUCUUCCACGAGGUAGUUCCAGCGUAGCGUGACUUCGACUAAGACGACGAUGAUGACGACGACGACGAAAAACUACAACUCGAGAGGACGUCCUCUGUGCCCGACCCGAUUACAUCGUCCAUGUAAAACCUAGUAGCCUAGGGCUUCCAGUUAUGUAUGUUAUUAUGUACAAUUGAGUAGGUAGUUGAAUGAUUUUUAUUCGAGUGAUGAUCGCAGAGGGUGAACCGAUGGCUAAAAUAUAAGACGAGUGUUACAGGAGCUGAAAAUAAGAAUAAUGAAUAUGUACAUAAAUAAAUAAGCAACGUAAGAUCGCGAAUUUAAUAAGGAUUAAUAUAACGAUAUGACGAUCCAUGCUAAGAUUAAACGGAGAAGUUAUACCCUGGUGUAAAAAUGCGUUUACCAGUGAUUGGCCGACGUUUCGCCCAAUUUUGCAAGGAUUGUCCAUCGAAGCCAGUAAUAAGUUGCCGAAUCGUUGGUGUACUGGCUAUACUGUAGUCAUUUAUUUUCUACCAGGGUAAUAAAAUAUAAAUAUGAGAUAAUCGAUCGAUAUGUACACGUACACAUACACCACUUGCGAAUAUGAUAUACAAGUUACUUUUGAACAUGUUAUCUUUUGAUGUAAAUUGUUAAUAAAACGCGUUUACUUCAUGAAUUUACAUUACGCUAUACGCAGCUCUAAGUGAACGCUGACACACGAUAUUGUAAA